AUGCCGACGUUCCGCAAGUCCGUGUUCGCCGCCAUCUGUCUGAUCGCCUUCGUCUACCUCCUCCGAUCGACCCGACCAUCCGACAUCCCCGGUGCGCCUGGAUAUAAACCUGUACCGGACAUCUUCACAGAAGAACAAAACGCGCUACGGAAUCCGAGGAGAAACGGCAAAUCAAGCCUGCAACAACCGCUCGCUCCGCCGCCGACGGCCCCGUUACGCGAACGCUUGCGCUUCCAAUUCCCCUACAACCUCGAGACCCAAUUCCCCGCAUAUAUCUGGCAGACAUGGAAAUACGCCCCAUCAUCAAAAUACUUCGAUGCCGAUCUUCGCGACAUGGAGGCAUCAUGGACGGAGAUGCACCCAUACUUCAUGCACCAGGUUAUUGGCGAUGAUACCCAGCGCCACUUAAUCGAGUACUUGUACGGUUCAGUGCCGGAUGUCUUCGAGGCCUACGAUUCCUUGCCGCUGGCGGUGAUGAAGGCAGAUUUCUUCCGGUAUCUUGUGCUCCUUGCGCGGGGUGGAAUCUACAGCGACAUUGAUACUCGAGCUCUCAAGCCUGCUCAUUUCUGGCUACCCGAGGACCUCGAUCGCAAGACUAUCGGUUUCAUGGUCGGCAUUGAAGCUGACCCCGAUCGACCGGAUUGGCAUGAUUGGUACACGCGCCGCAUCCAAUUCUGCCAAUGGACUAUUGUUGCCAAGCCGGGCCAUCCGAUUUUGCGCGAUAUGGUCGCGUACAUUACGGAGGAAGCGCUGCGCAUGAAGAGAGCUGGUAUCCUUAAAGUGGGCAAGAUGGAUAGGACGGUCAUGGAGUUUACCGGUCCAGGAGCCUGGACUGAUGCUGUGUUCCGCUAUUUCAAUGAUCCGGACUAUUUCAAUAUCUUGCCUGGGGACAAGAAUGUCGCUUAUGAAGAUUUCAGUGGUCAAACUACGCAUCGCAAGGUUGGUGACGUGGUUGUUCUGCCCAUUACGAGCUUCAGUCCUGGUGUUGGACAGAUGGGUGCAGGUGAUACCGAUCACCCGAUGGCCUUUGUGAAGCACAUGUUCGAUGGAACAUGGAAGACGGACCCAUCAUUAUAA